AUGGCUUUGCUGGGUACAAUUGAACCAUUCAAUACCGGCGAACCGCUUAAAUGGAAGACGUAUAUGGAGCGAUUCCAGUUUUUCAUAACUGCAAAUGGAAUCACAGAUGAAACCAAGAAGAAAGCUGUUUUUCUGAGUAUAUGUGGACCAUCCACAUACGACAUCAUUCACUCUUUAAUAGCACCACAGGCUGUGUCUGAUGUAGAUUUGGCGGUCAUAACCGAGAAACUGUCAGCACAUUUUCUAUGCUCUACAGUAGUGGGCCGUUUCAUGUUUCAUCGUAGAAAUCAAAAACCGGAAGAGAAUAUGGCAUCAUAUAUUAAAGAGUUAAGACAUCUAGCAGGCGACUGUGGAUUUAAUGAAUCUAUAUUAGAGGAAAUGUUAAGGGACCGGAUCGUAUGCGGAGUUAAGGAUGAAAAUUUACAGCGUCGACUGUUGGCAGAGCAAAAUUUAACUUUUAGUAAAGCCGAAGAAUUGGCCCUUGCACAUGAAACGGCAAUGCAGAGUGUCUCUGCUCUAAGAGAGACGACGGUGCUAGCAACUCACAGUGUAAACAAGUUUCAAAAUAAGCAAUUCAAGCAAAAUGGUAAAACAUGUUUCCGUGGCGAGAACAUGCAUGCUCCAGAAGAUUGUCGAUUCAAGGAUGCUGUUUGUAAUUUUUGCAAGAAAAAAGGGCAUAUUGAAAGAGCAUGCCUAUCCAAGAAAAGAGGCAUAAGAAAAGAACAGAUCCAGAAAAAACAAACUGCUAACCAGAAGGCGAUAAGUGCAGAGGAAGAGAAGCAAGUGCAAAUGGUGGAAGCAGAGUCAACGGAAGCUAUCCACCCAAGCUAUGAUAUAUUUGUCAUAAAGGACGGGACAGAGAUAAAGGAUUUUAUGGUGCCACUUAAAAUUAAUAGCAAAGAAAUAAAGUUGUAG